GAUCGAAAUGCAAAUUCCGUAUCGCCAGUUGCCUCUUUUUCACCUCCAUUCCUAUCCUCCGCCGAUCAAUCUUUUCUUCCACCAAAAGACGUAGAUAAUUAUUCACCGGCAGGCGCAAAUUAUUUACCAUGGGCGGACUAGCCGCCGCCGGAUGCACGGGAAACUCAAUGGAUGCUCGUGAAAGUAAAAAUAGUAAUGCGGCGGCGGCGGCGGCGCCGGUGGUACAUGUUUUGGCGGUGGAUGACAACCUCGUCGAACGGAAGCUCCUCGAACGCCUCCUUAAGAACGUCUCCACUUCUUGCACCGUUACAACGGCUGAGAAUGGGAUGAAGGCAUUGGAGUAUUUGGGGCUGGAUGAUCAGCAGCAAGACCACUCUACUAUUACUACCACUAAUGCAGCCAUCAAACAGCAGCAGCAGAAGCAGGUGGAUUUGAUAAUCACUGAUUACUGUAUGCCCGGGAUGACAGGGUAUCAGCUCCUCAAGAGGAUUAAGGAAUCGAAGGUGUUGAAGGAAGUCCCAGUUGUGGUUAUGUCAUCUGAGAAUAUCCCAACCCGGGUCAACCAGUGCUUGAAGGAAGGGGCAGAGAUGUUCAUGUUGAAGCCUCUUAAGCAAGCAGAUGUCAACAAGCUGAUAAUGACCACCCACAAAUGCUAAGCUAGCUAGCUUGGUUAAUUAGCGGCUUCUCAUCAUUUUUUUCAAUAAUGAAUUGUAAUCUUCUCUUCUCCACCCCCCAGGAUCUCUUUGAAUAGGUAGGUUUAUGUUAAGCUCUGUUGGCCAAACCGGUCAAGGAUCCAAAGGAUCCAAUCGGUCAAAAGACCACAGUAUAUAACCAUUCAAAUUUUGCAGCAGAAUUUCCAAGGGAAAAUAAAGAACUAGAUUUCUU